ACGGCCCCUCUAGAUCAGAACAGCACCGCCGGCUCCAACGCAGCGACAAACAACAGCCCCCGCAGCAGCGCCGCAACACAGACAGAGCUACCAGCCAAUCGGAGAAGAAGACAAAACCCCUCGAAACCCGGGAUUGUUCCUCGAGCGCUCUCUCUCUCUCUCUCUCUUUGGUUUGUCUGCAAAGCGGUUUUGGAGCGAUGGACAUCCAGACGGGCCGCGUGGUGCGCCCCCCUAGCCCCAUGGAGAGCCUGGAGACGCAGCUGAGCUGCCCCAUCUGCCUGGAGAUGUUCACCAAGCCGGUGGUCAUCCUGCCCUGCCAGCACAACCUGUGCCGCGGCUGCGCCAGCGACCUCUACGACUCCCGCAACCCCUACCACUACUCGGGCGGCGUGUUCCGCUGCCCCACCUGCCGCUUCGAGGUGUCCCUGGACCGCCACGGAGUGUACGGCCUGCAGCGCAACCUGCUGGUGGAGAACAUCAUCGACCUCUACAAGCAGCAGCAGGAAAAGAAGGGCGAGGGCGGCGGCGGCGGCGGCGGCGGCGGCGGCGGCGGCGGCGAGGGCGACGGCACGCUCGACCCCCCGCUGAAGGACCGGGACUCCAAGGAGCCGGCGUGCGCCGAGCACCCCGAGGAGCGCAUCAACAUCUACUGCCUGACCUGCCAGACGCCCACCUGCUCCAUGUGCAAGGUGUUCGGCCAGCACAAGGACUGCGAGGUGUCCCCGCUGCACGCCGUCUACCAGAGCCAGAAGGCCGAGCUGCGGGCGGCGGUGGAGGCGCUGGGCGACGCCAACGCCGUGGCGCAGGCCGUGAAGGCGCAGAUGGAGGAGUCGUGCGCGACGCUGCGCGACAACGCCGAGCUGCAGAAGAGGCGCCUGGGCGAGAGCUUCGACCUGCUGUACGCCGUGCUGGAGGAGCGCAAGGGUCAGCUGCUGGAGCGCGUGGCCCAGGAGGAGGGCGAGAAGGUGGCCACGCUGCGGUCGCUGGUGGACGGGUACAAGCUGCACCUGGAGGCGGGCGGGCGGCUGCGGGACACGCUGACGCAGAGCGCCGAGAAGAGCGGCGCCGCCGAGUUCCUGGUGGGGGCCAAGGAGCUCAUCAAGCAGGCCCGGGACACCGCCAGGGGGCCCCGGUUGGAGAGGCCCGAGCCGGGGUUCGAGAAGAUGGAGCAUCUGGUGGUGGAUACGGAUGAGGUGCAGGUGUUGCUGGCCCACAUGGACUUUAGAAGCGAGGAGGAGGAAGAGGAGGUGGAGGAGGAGGUGGAGGAAGGUGUGGUUGCGGAGUAAGGCAGGGCGAGGACUUUAACCGCGGACGUUUUUUUGGGGGACUGAGUUUGGGGACGUUUGAAGUGCGGGAGCGGGAAGAGGGUCGAGAUGUUUUUGAACCAAAAAAAAAGGAUGAGGAUGACAAUGCUGCUGAAGGAGGAAGGUGAACUACUGAAACUCCCGGGAGUUUGAACACGUGCAAUUUAUUAUGAUGUUUAUUUACAUGUCCGACAUAAAAUAUGUCGAGUUGACCUGCAUUUUUUUUAUACUUUUGUAUCUUCCUCUUUGUUCAUGUUUGUUCCGUAUCAUUUUGAUAUUUCUCAAAGCUGAUAUCGGAGUUUAAAAAGUACUGUUUGAACUUGAAUGUUUUUCAGUAAAAAAAAGAAAAAUCUAAAAACACAGUAAUUAUUUAUUAAAUCUAUUUGUGGAACUGAAAACUUGAAAUGCAAAAUGCACUUGAUAAUUUCAGACACUGCUGUUAUGACUCGAUGUUUUUGAAAGUGAAUAAAAUGUUAUAAUGUAA